AUGUUUCAACCCGGCACAUCCAUUUUUAUUAAACUGGUCAAAAGCAAACCAGUACUAUACGACGCAAAUCAUAGAGAUUACAAGAAUGUGCACCUUAAGAAUAAAAUAUGGGAGGAAAUUGGCGAAAAAGUUGACAUGUCCGGAGAGUUUGCCAAAAUGAAAUGGAAAAACCUGCGAGACACGUACAUAAAGUAUUUGAAAACUAACCAGGCAAUGUCAACACGCGGUCUUGAGACAUCAAGCUAUAACCGUUACGGCAAAUGGCAGUGGGCUUCAAGCAUGUCGUUUAUAAAAUACCACACUGGUGUACUGAAUGACUCAACUCGAGAAUUAGGAGCAGCAAAUUGUAAAGACACUGAACAAGAGUCAGAUAAAGAAGAGGAAAAUGCUGCUUCCACAAGCAAUAACAUCUUUACAAGUAACAAAGUAUUCUAUAACACCAGAAAAAGGUCUAAUUGUAUCACUGACUCCCCACCACCUGCUCAAAUUUCGAAUAGUUUAACAUCCACUGAACAUAUUAUGGUAGGAUAUGCAAAAGCUAUCGAUAACUUCAGUUCGAAACGCAGACAAAUUCUAACCAAGAUGAAGAUAGCUAAUAUAAUUAUGGAAGCUGAAUUAAAAGAUGAACAAGAAAGAGCAAAUGAUGUAUCUAAUAUGAUAAUAUCUGAUAGUGAUGAUUCUGUAGAUCCUAGUGCCAGUAAAAACUAUCAUUUAAGAAAGUCUCGACGGACUGUAGGUUCAGAUUAUAGUAAUAGUUUUUCUCCAGUCGAUUCGCCAAUACAAAUGUCUGAUCCCAAAAAAGACAUUGAAAAAGUCAAUUUAGAAGCUGAUGGUCCUUUAGUAGAUGUUAAAUGUAAAAUUGAAAUUGAAGAUACUUAA